UCCCAUAAACCCCAUCGUACGCGUUUAGCUCGUGCGGAGAAGGUUGUCAUCACAUGAGAAUUAUUACUGUAGUGCAACUGGCGAGGCACUGGGGCAGAGAUGUCCACAGACACAGACACUCGGAGAAGGACAGUCAGCGACAACAGUGAUAUUCAAGAGCCUCCACGGGACCAUGUUGAAGUCAGAGGUGGUGCUGCUGCUAAAGGUCACCUUCCAGGCUCCUGUUAUGACCGAGUGUGUAUGGAGCCCUCAUGUUCAGAGACUCCCGAAUGUCUCCUAAAUUUGCCCUGCAGCCUCCAUUCCUGCAGCUCUUUAACACCCAGACAUGCACAAAAAGGACACAGCACACAUGUGGCUGAUGGAGUGUGGGAAGACGUUCCAAGCAAGACCACCAUAAGUGCUGAGAAUGAGGUGGAGGCACAGAAACUUGCCAAUAAUUACAAGUUUGGAUUCAGAAAGUGGAAGAGCCACGUGACCGAGAGACCCUUCGAGGAUAGAUCAGAGAUUGUGAAGGAGCUCUAUUCAGAGCUUAACAUCAUUAAACCAAACACAGGCUCUUUAAUUACCUGUGGCAAUGUUCUGUACGUGUUUUUAUUUGGUUGGUGGAUUUCUCUGGUGUACCUUCUCAUUGGUGUGUUGAUGUUCAUCACCAUUAUUGGAGUCCCUCAUGGGCAGUUGUGCUUCAGACUGUCCUGUUAUUUUCUGUGGCCAUUUGGAAAAGCAAUAGAAAAGGUGAGUGGCUCACUGUCUAGUUUCAGUGUAAUGCUCCACAAUGAUGAUCUUUUGGAGAAUCCUGAUGAAGGGAAGGUAACCUCCCCCCUCCUGCUGCCUACUCCACUGGAAAACGUGGUGGAGCAGUCCAGGGCUGCAGAGCAGCACUACUGGAAGCGAGUGAAUACGUACGUGUGGCUGUUUCUGGGAUACCCCGUUCUGGCUGUGGCGCACUGUGUGCUGGGGCUGCUCUCCUGGCUCCUGGUUUUCACCAUCCCUGUGGCCAAAAUGAGUGCCAGAACUUUGAGGACUAUCCUGCUAAUGCCCCCCGAGCAAGUUCACAUCAGUUCCGGAAGGAGGGAAGAGGAAGGGAAAGCCAUCCUCUGCUGCUACCAUGCAUUGAAUGUCUACUACUACAAGUACACGGUCGAUGGGAUCAAUGUGUUUGCUGUCAAUCUCCUCCCUCUAGUUGUAAUUUCAAUGGUGAUUGGCUAUGUGGACCAAGGCAACCAGGUUGUCAGCUCUGAGGUGAAGUUUGCCACAGCGAUAGGUUCCAUCAUUCCAUUAUCCUACUAUAUUGGUAUGGGCAUAGCCAGUAUAUCAGCGCAGAGUAACUUUGCAGUCGGUGCAGUGGUCAACGCCACAUUCGGCUCCAUCACUGAGCUGACCUUUUACAUCACAGCCUUGUUAAGGGGCCAUCGCCAGGACAGCAAGUGCUUAGAGGAGAUUGUGAAGUCAGCGCUGACGGGCACACUGCUUGGAUGCAUCCUCUUUAUUCCAGGGAUCUGUAUGAUCAUUGGUGGGCUGAAGCACAGGGAGCAGAGGUUUAACAGUCGCUCAGCAGGGGUCAGCUCCUCACUGCUGUUCAUAUCUAUAGGAGGUGUGUUUGCCCCCACAUUGUUUUCUAAAGCCUGUGGGAAUCUAGUGUGUGAAGACUGCACAAACUCUUCUGGGACCAACAGCAGCAAUGGGUCAUUCAACUGCAAAAACUGUCACUAUGACCUGAGUGAAAACAACUACAGCCUGUUUCACAGCCAUAUAGAACCGCUAGUGUAUACAGUGUCAGUUCUGCUGCCGGCAUCCUACAUCAUUGGCCUUCUGUUCACUCUGAAGACCCACUCGCACAUCUAUGACAUCCACAUUGGUGAUAGUCAUGCUUCGGGUCAUCUGGAUGCAGUGGUGCACUGGUCUCGCUGGAGAGCUCUGCUCAUCCUGAUCAUCGCCACAGUGCUGAUGUCCGUCUGCGCUGACCUGACCACAGAGCACAUUCAGCCCAUACUGAACCAUCCCGGCAUCUCUCAGUAUUUCAUAGGUGUGACCGUUCUGGCCAUGGUCCCCGAAAUCCCAGAGAUCGUUAAUGGGAUCCAGUUUGCUCUGCAGAAUAACAUCAGCCUCAGUUUGGAGGUGGGGAGCUGUAUUGCGGUGCAGGUGUGCAUGAUUCAGAUCCCCAUACUGAUCCUUUUUAACGCCUUUUAUGAUGUUGGCUUUGUGCUCAUCUUCAGUGACCUGCAUCUGUGGGCCAGCAUCUUCAGUGUCAUUGUUGUCAACUACAUCUUCAUGGAUGGAAAGUCUGAUUACUUUCAGGGUACUGCUCUGGUGGUAGUGUAUCUCAUCCUACUUGCACUCUAUUUUUUUGCUCCGUCUCCCGCUGGUUGUUGAGGAGGUGAAAGCUGACCUGCUCUUAUCCUCAUCUUUACUGAACCAAACUGAACCAAACCCACUUUAAAAGCGAAUUCUGCAUUUACUUCAUCACAUCUUUACAUUCUUGAAUGCUGCUAACUGUAACAUGAAGAGCGAACUUACAGCUUUACAAGAAAUGAAAUGGCAUCUAGGUACUAUUAGCUCACUUGAUCUUUUUAGUUUGUGCUCUUUUACGGCUGUAAUGUUGUGAAUUAUUAAUAUUGAGAUUUGUCUAAAGCACAGAGGUGAGAUCUUUUGCACUGAGAAAACUGUUGACCGUAUUCUGGAUGAUACAAAAUGAAAAGCACUUUACCCAGAUGCAUUAGAGCAUGCUGGAUUUUCUUAAUAGCGUCAGUGUGAAUUAUUGGACUUGGAUUUUAAAUGAGUAUCUUUUUCAUGACCACUGUUGACCAGCCUUGUUGUGAGCAGAAAAUACUGUUUAGUCUAGCCCACUGGCCAGUCAUGGGACCCUCAAAUAAAAAAGAACAUUACUUCAUUUACAGACUAGUAGCGCUGCUCUGUAGGCGACCCUCCCAGUCUGCCAUGAUUGCAGAAAAGGGGAUAAAAUUCAGCAUCGUCACUGCUGGGCUUUAGUUACACUGGGGAAUCAUAUGUCUUCAAAGAGGGGGGCUCUGAUAAUUACUUAUUAUUACCCACCACUAAUUCUUUGGUGAUAUUAAGCUAAUGUCAGCUAUUUGACAGCCUCAUGUUCUGUUUGGAGUGUGUCUCUGAAAAAAAAGGGCCAUUUAGCUCCAACACUUAGGCCUACCCCUCUAUCUCAACAAAAAUCAGGACACCCUACCCUCCUAGUCAAGAACGCACAAAACAGAGGGGUAAGGGCUAAGUGGUAGGGGCAAGGGGUGAAAUGGGAGUGAUCACAGGUUAUCUAAGCAAUGCACUGGGCAACAACAUUGUCAGAGAAAGAGAUAAAUAUUUCUUAACAAACAAGCAAAAUAAAUAAGUAAAUAAAACUACUUUUAUGUUAUGUAAUGUAUGUUAUUGGAUUACAAUAAUCAUUGUAAUGUAACAAUUCAUUAUUAAUAUUGUUUGCUUUCAUUUUGAGUGAAAUUGUGAUUUUUUUUUACUGAUAUUUUGCAAAAUGGGACCAUGAAAUAGCUUUCCAUGUCUCUCUCUCUCUCUCUCUCUCUGUCAAGCAGUAUUAAAUGACUCUGUAAGGCCUCCUGCUGCUCAUGAAAAACAUCCUCCACAUCACGGUUAUUAUGCACUUACAUAAUCAAAUACUUGAACACAUAUUUAUAAUGUUUAUUUGUCUGACAAUUACAAACAUCCAACCAUAAAACAAUAACUGUGCAUAAUGACAUUUUUGCUCAAUUAAAUACAUGAAUAAAUGAUCACAUUUAAGUAAACUGUGGUCUGUAAAUAUGAAACUGAAGAAAAUGUUAAAGGGGAAGAUUUAAGAAGCCAGAGAUGUAGGAGGUAGUGCUGCAUAUUUCAUUUUAAACAGAGGUAACAGUAGCUUUGAUGCUGACUGGCCUAACUGACAACUCAUUUCAUUCAUUUCUGUGUCUGAUGUUGAAUUCAUACAAAAUGACAAAUAUGUCAAAAUAAAGCUGU